GUGCUUUAUCCUUGAUCUUUUGGUCAUUGACAAUCGUGCCGUUGAUAAAAUAUGUUUUCAUUGUACUCCGAGCUGAUGAUCAUGGUGAGGGUGGCACUUUUGCUUUAUACUCAUUGUUAAGUCGUCAUUCUGGAAUUUCUGUGAGAGGAAAUGAGAAUUCUGAUGAUUUGACGAUUGCAAAUUACGAUGCCAU